GUUGACAAAACAAAAUGGCAGCGCACAUGUGCGAGUAUCUGCGCGUGGUUUGCUUGAUCGUGUGAACGUCUAUCGGCGCCGUAAGGACAUCUGUUGCGUUUUUCGAAGGGACAUCUAAACUCGAGUGUUGCAAAUGACUGCACAGAACGUGAGGAUGCCUAAAAAAAGAAAACGCAGCGAUACCAAGCCCAGCGAAGAGAAGCCCAGCGAAGCGAAGACCACCGAAACGCAGAACGAUCUUGACGCCGCAGAGUCUGACGACGAUGCAGUACCGGAAAAAAAGGCGAAGGCAGACGCGGAGGAACCUUUUUGCAUCAAAACAUUUCUUGCUGUGCUUGAGAAAGGAGGCGACCUGAUGAAAGAAUUCCAGAAGUUCGUCAGAGCAGCUGACUCAUUUGCAAGUGGAGAGAGCACGGAAGAUACUGUGAAGCAAUAUCUUGAUGGCACUGAUGGCAACUUUCAAACAAUUUCGUCACUUCUCUAUAAUGUCAAAACGGGUUCACGUAUGCACACGCUAGUGUACCAGGUCUUGGAUCGCCUGAUUUCCCGGCUGCCCGAGGACUUCAAACAGUAUGUCAACACUGCUUUGAUGUCAGCGCAGCAUAUGCUGCAAAAGUACAGUCGCCUCAUGCACAUGUCUCUAUGCCGCACCGCCAAGCCCAACCACGCAAAGGCUGCCCUACGCCUGCUUACUUCGAUUGUCACCCUGGGCCCUGAAGGAGCACGCUAUGUCACUAGUGUAGUCAACUUUGAGACUACGGCCUUCACCACAUGGAUCAACACACAUAACCAGAGGGAUCCUGAAGAUGUGCGAACUUGUGCAGUAUUUUUCCUCAUGUCGGUCCUUGUUGUUGGAAGCAACUCAGUGGCACGGCAGGUCCUUCAAGCCAAAGGACUGAUAAACAGCAUAUUUCCUGGUCUUCAGUACGACCGCGCAUCAUUCAUAUGCAGCUUUCUUUCAACAUUUCAGACUAAGGUUGUAGAGAACACGUCCUUCACCAAGACCAUUAAGUUGAAGAUGCUGAACGACAAGACUCUGAAGUAUGUCACUUACUUGCUGAGCUGGGAAGGGCCAAAGCCAUGGACGAUUCAUGGCAAGUGGAACAAGUACAAGGCUAUCCGGGAAACAGAAAAUGAAGAUCCCGAAGCAGUAGUAGAAGCGUCUAAGGAAGAUGUGGAGCUGGUCCAGAGCACCGCCUACAACUUCCUGACUGCCGUCUGUUGCUCGUACAAAUAUGGGGUACUCUUCCGAGAUCCUAAACUGGGACUAUCAAGGCAGAACCUGAACUUUGUGAUCACUUCCACUCUACUGACCAUGGAGCAUCCGUACGAUCACGAACGAUGCUGCUCCUUUGUUGUGGAAGUGUUGAAGGUGGCACCUGACCAGAUUGGUCACUACCUGCACGGCUGGCAGCCCAUCCUGAUGUAUGCCACAGCUGCCACUGCCCAGAAGCUCAUCAGCCUUUACACUCGGAUUGUGGAAGUUCAGGACCUGGAUUCUACACUGUGGGCAGUGGCUGAAAAUGUCCCAGAGAAAGUCUGCAGGCUUGUUUUGUAUUUUUCGCUUCUGAGUCUUGCCAGAGGUGUCACCGAAGCUAAAAGUGUUCAGACAGAGGAGGAUGACAUCCAACUGCAGCUGGCACACAUGCGCUUUCUGGCUGCAUCACUGCGAAAAGUCCAAAGUGCUCUUGACCAUGUUGCGAAUGUCAAGUCACCUGUGAGCACGAUAAUGAAGACUAAACUACCCCGGCUUCUAUGCCAGGACGUCUGGAAAAAUGUGCCUCCCACAGCAGGCCUCGUCAAGGAGUACUGCAAAGUGGUUAUAAGAGCAACAUCGAAAGAACCAGAGACUGCAGGCCCAUCCCUGUCUGAUUAUGUUGCCUACUGCACAAGCAUUCUGGAUCUGCUGGACUUGUAUAGACUGUUCUCCCAAGACUUUCAUGCCGAGUACGACUGGAAAGUGCUCUCUAAGCUUGCUGGUGUUGAAACGGAUGUGCUUGAUUCCCAGACAGAAGACCAGUGCCUGCAACUCAGGGCCAUCGGUCUUGUCCUUGAAGCUUGCCCAGCAUCUGAAGCCCUCAUGACCAGCGAUGGGGAACAAAAGUCGCCAUUCUGCCACCUCCUCGAGCUUUUUGCACGUCGUAAAGAGGAUGUCAUUGGAAAAUCUGCAGCGUCACUCAUUUCAAAGCUGCUUUGCAACCUGAGUGUUCUGGAGGGAUACAGCAUGGAAGUGGACAUCUGGAUGGAGAAGUUCAGGCAGGUACAACACUUGAACUUGGUCCACCUGCUGCUGGCCGCUGUCAAGCUGGUUGUCACUGAUUCGAACCGCCUCAACUCUAAAGUAUGCGCUGUGUCAUGGAUGGCGCGUCUACAGGCGGUGGACAGUCUUCGAGACCUUUGGAGUUUACUCAGACAAAACGAAGCUGCUGCUAAGAAUGCCCAAGAGAUGGAGUCUUUUGAAGCUGGUACAUACUUCAGUCCUCUUGUUCCUGCUGCUCUAGAGUGUAUAGAAGAUUCUUCUGAUGCAGUGCACAAGAGCUACGUCUACUCUGUGGUCAAGACCAUCCUGCACCACCAGCAGCGCCCUCUGGCCUUCUGCAGAUUCCUCCACGAACAUUCGAAUGUUCUUUCAAAGUUGCUCCUCAGCUAUGCUUCCAUCUGGUCAUCUGCCAUGUUACCGGAGACGAGGCCAUUGAGAGAGGACUGCAUGAAGGAGUUCUUUACAGCUGCGGAGGAUCGACUGGAGCGCAUGUUUAUAGACAUCCUCUAUGUCCCAAAGCGCAUGAAAAAGCCGGUGCCCUCAACAGAGGAGACUGCUGUAGACGUCACAUCCUGCAGUGCACUUCAAUGCAGAAGCUUGUUUUACCAAGCUAUGCUCUAUGCAAAGAAGUUGUUCUGCAAUAGACAUCUCGUGCGGGAAUUCUUUUCCGUGAUCCAAGUCCUAAAAGACAUCUUCGAGCGCGUCAUCGAACUAAGGACAGAAAAGGAGGAGCCUGCCGCUUUGCUUAAUGCUCUGCUUCGUGAUUACAUGACUCUCUCAAUUUACCUCCACGAUGGACAAGAUGGCCUGUAUCCUGUUGCACAUGGCUACUCAUCCUUCGUGCUCGACACUAUCAUUCAGGUCAUGCAGUGCACUUCUAACGUGCCAAAGGACCUGCAAGCAUCCCUGUGCUUUCUUAAAGAUAAGUCGAUGGCCAAAAUCUCCACGGGUACAUUACUAAGACAGAUCGACAGCAGCAAGGUGUUGCAGUCCUUCAGCAGUGUCUUCACUGAGUCCGACAUACUAACUCUCCUUGAGGCAGUGGCGGGCACACCAGCCGAGUGCAAGAAGAACUUGGAACCACUGCUCAGUGCCUGGCUGACCUGCGUUUCCAAAGGCAGUGGGCAGGACACCCCACUCCUUUCGGCCACUGUCAUUCAGAACAUGCUCUCUGCCAUCCUUGAGAGCCAAAGCAAUGUUUCCCUGCUGGAAGCCUUCCUGCGAUUUCUGGAGUUCCGGCCCAUCUACGUGUUCGCCCUGAGGCCUGAUGACCUCAAGCACCUGUUGGAGGACCAGACUUCGGCAGGUAUUGAUGUUGUCAACUUCCUUAUGAAGCACAAUGUCCAGCAUCGACAAGACCUGCAACAGCUUAUUCCCAGCUCAUUCAAGCCAACAGUGUCGCACCUCUCAAUGGCCAGCUUAGCAGGAUUCCUGCGAAGCCUCUGUCUGGGGCUGUCGCAGGAUAACGCCUCACGAAAAGCUGGUGCGUGGCUCACCAAAACCUUUCUGGCACUGCCGAAGCGUGCGUGUGGACUGAAGAAUGGCAUGACACAGCAAGUGGUUGAUGAUAUGACAGUGUGCCUAAACUCGCUGAUGAAGCUUGGCCAACUUGGCAAUGACAACGUUGCAAAGCUUGUAGAAAUUCUCUCGGACAGUGCCGAGUAUCAACUCCAGUUGGCUCUUCUGAACGCACUCUGUCGCAGCAUGAGUGAGGAGCUCUUCGGUAGCUCUGUUUGCGACUCGUGCCUUCACACUCUGCUCCAGUGUGUAGCCAACUUGGCGGGCAGUAAUGCUGAUCUUCCUGAGCAUGUUCUCCAGCAGUUGCGUGAGGUUGUGGCUACUGCCAUGGUUGUUGACCAGAACAUCUUUGCCAGAGUGGUGCGCCAAGAUGGACUCUGGCCUCAGUUUAUCAAAAACAACUUGAAGGCUGGAUUUCAGUCGCAGUCAUUUGGGAAAACGUCCUUUGAGCUUCUCUCAGUCAUAUGCCAGAAAGUGUACAGCGUGGGGAAUGUAGGCGACAUCAAUCCUGCCCUCUGCCGGGUGUAUAUGAUGUUGUUUGGCCACUCGAGGUUUCUCCCGCUGAUGCUUGACUCUGACCCUCAGGUGCAGGAACAGAAAGACAAGAUGUUAGAGCUUAUGGCUGUUCUGGUUCAAUGUGAUCCUACACUAUGUAAUGUUGAACACAUUCCUGUGUUUCUCAGUGCUUAUGGAGCAUCUUUGUCGAUAGUAGACCAGAGAAUUCUUUAUCUGAUGUUUCUUUACGAGAAGAAUGGAGUGGACGUAUGCAAUUUCAAGCCAUUCUUGUGGGGCCCGUCAGCAGUCUCCUUCUACUCACUGCACAAAAAGGCCUCGGUGAGCCUGCUCAAACAGCCCAAGUCUGAGGAAGUCCUGAACCUGAUAAACGAGGACAAGAUGGCUGCCACCGUUUUACGCUUCCCGUUGCAUCUGCAGCUCGAUGUCCUUCCAUUGGAGAGUAUUGCUGAUGGGAGCCUUUAUGAUCCAAGAUUCCUGCUGCCCCUUCUCUUCACCUUACUCGCGCCUGAGUCGCUGGUCAACUGUCGCCAGAUAGUGGAGACGCGCUGCCUGGCCCUGAUAUUGAUGUCGCUGAGCAGUGAAGUGUUUGAGGUGCGAUGCCUGGGCUGCAACCUGGUGAUGCUGCUGCACCACCAUCUUCAGGGCUCGCGCUUCUCCAUGAGCGCCCUGUGGCUGUCCGUCCUGGAGACCCUGCGCAAUGCGGCCACCGUCACCUGCCCCCAUGUUCCCUGCCUUGUCACUGGCUAUCUUGUCUCGGCUGUCGACGUCAUCAGCAAUCCCGGACACUUCAUGUUUAAUGCAGUUGCAGACUUCUUACUCGCCAAGCCAGUGUUGGACAUAGAAAAUGUGCCUGACUUCUACAAGAUGUUCUAUAACUUCAGAGUAGAGCACUACAUGAAAAGGAACUGGCACAUUGAAGUGAUGGUGGACUACAUGCGCUGUGGCCUGGACUUCCACAUUUCUAAGAAGCGCUAUAUCUUCAACAUCUUGCUCACUUUCUUCAUGUCACCACUAUGCCAGAAAAACACGAAGGAGCUUAUCCUGAAGCUGCUGAUCGCAGCUGCCAAAAUUCCCAAGGCUGCUCGUAUUCUCUGCAGGGAGCAGGGACUUCUGAUGUGGUUGCCAGCCGCAUUGGAAAGGAAUAGUGAAGAGGAAGGCAUUUCUGAGCUGCUGUUUGAAGCAGUCCAUCACAUAUGGAAGUCCAGCUUUGUGAAAACUCAAAGAGUCAAGGACGUGAAAGCGGCCAGAAGCAGAAAACAAGGCAGCAUGCCUAAAAAUGAAGAAGCGUCUGAGGAAAGUGCUGAUGAUGAGGAAAAAGAAGAAGAGGGCACUCCGAAAGAAGACGAUGAGGCCGCGAUCAUCCGUGCAAAGCGAGAAAGUCUUCGCUACUACGAGUACUUUCCCUAUGAAUUCCUGUUGAUGUUAUUCAGCACAAGAAAGUAUGUCAUGGACCGCCAAAGUCUAGAUGCACUCACCAAGUUCACUGAGCAACUCAGUGACAUGCUGUGCUUUGUGCGCUCUCGAGAAGCCAGUGGAAAGAGCAAGGCCACACAGAACUGUUGCCUGCCCAACAGAGCCAUUGUGUUCGAGCUGUUAAACUACUGGAAACGGCUUGUGGCUGUGAACAGUGAGGACAGCUGCCAGCAGUCGAGCCAAGCCAUUGCCACCGUAUGUCACCACUGGCAGCCAGAUGCCACGACACAGCCUCAGGAAUGGCUUGCGGCACUGGACUUCUCACUGCAACAUGGUGCGGAGAGCCUGGAUUUCAAUGCUGACUUGCUUGUGUGGGUGCUUUGUUGGUUGGAGGGUCCCAGUGGAUCUGAUCACGCCACGGAACUUGUGAACUUUAAUGGGGGACGCUGUCUCGAAAAGCUUCUGGCAAGGAUUCAUUGGUCGCUGGGUGAAAUCGUGGCCAGUGGUGGUGGGGAUGCCGGACCCAUUGUGACAUCUGUCAUUCUGCAAAUUGCGAACUUGUUGUUCAGCAAAGCCUCAAAGGUGCUGCCCAAGGACCAGAGUGACUUGUACAGGAAGCAGGUGGUGUUGCUGAGGGUGAAUGCGUCCUUACCUGAACUGGACAGAGCCUUGGGGACCUCUGUUUUGUUCAAUGAACUGCUCUUAAGAGUAAAGAAGGCAGAUUGAGCUGUACAUACAUUUUACUAAGUUGCUGCAAGCUGAGCACAAACUGUAAUAAAUGAUUCUAUUAUUUUACUCAUUGAA